AUGCAGAAGAGCGUGCGCUACAACGAGGGGCACGCCCUGUACCUAGCCUUCCUAGCCCGCAAAGAGGGCACCAAGCGCGGCUUCCUGAGCAAGAAGGCAGCCGAGGCGAGCCGCUGGCACGAAAAGUGGUUCGCCCUCUACCAGAAUGUGCUCUUCUACUUUGAGGGCGAGCAGAGCUGCCGCCCGGCGGGCAUGUACCUCCUGGAGGGCUGCAGCUGCGAGCGGGCACUCGCGCCGCCCAGGGCCGGGGCCGGGCCGGGCGGCGCCCGGGACACGCUGGACAAGCAGUAUUACUUUACUGUUCUUUUUGGCCAUGAAGGUCAGAAGCCACUAGAGCUGCGCUGUGAGGAGGAGCAGGAUGGUAAAGAGUGGAUGGAGGCCAUUCACCAAGCCAGUUAUGCAGACAUUUUGAUUGAGAGGGAAGUAUUAAUGCAGAAGUACAUUCAUCUAGUUCAGAUCGUAGAGACAGAAAAAAUUGCAGCUAACCAACUCCGGCAUCAACUUGAAGAUCAAGAUACAGAAAUCGAAAGGCUUAAAUCAGAGAUUAUCGCUCUUAAUAAAACAAAGGAACGAAUGAGACCUUACCAAAGCAAUCAAGAAGAUGAGGAUCCAGACAUCAAGAAGAUAAAAAAGGUUCAGAGCUUCAUGCGAGGGUGGUUAUGUAGAAGGAAAUGGAAGACCAUCGUGCAGGAUUACAUUUGUUCGCCUCACGCUGAAAGCAUGAGGAAGAGAAACCAGAUCGUGUUCACCAUGGUCGAGGCUGAGUCGGAGUACGUCCACCAGCUCUACAUCCUCGUCAACGGUUUCCUGCGGCCCCUGCGCAUGGCGGCCAGCUCCAAGAAGCCCCCCAUCAGCCACGACGACGUCAGCAGUAUUUUUCUCAACAGUGAAACAAUCAUGUUUCUUCACGAAAUAUUUCAUCAAGGACUGAAGGCAAGAAUAGCCAACUGGCCUACUUUAAUUUUAGCUGAUCUGUUUGAUAUCUUGCUCCCCAUGCUGAACAUUUAUCAAGAAUUUGUGCGUAAUCACCAGUAUAGCCUCCAAGUACUCGCCAACUGUAAGCAAAACAGAGACUUUGACAAACUCUUAAAACAGUAUGAAGCCAACCCUGCCUGUGAGGGGAGGAUGCUGGAGACGUUCUUGACAUAUCCAAUGUUUCAGAUCCCCAGGUAUAUCAUCACGCUUCAUGAACUCCUGGCUCAUACACCCCAUGAGCAUGUGGAGAGGAAAAGUCUGGAGUUUGCAAAAUCCAAACUAGAGGAACUAUCCAGGGUCAUGCAUGAUGAAGUGAGCGACACCGAAAACAUAAGGAAGAACCUUGCCAUAGAAAGAAUGAUUGUUGAGGGCUGUGAUAUUUUGCUGGACACCAGCCAGACUUUCAUCCGCCAAGGUUCUCUUAUUCAAGUACCUUCCGUUGAGAGAGGGAAACUUAGUAAAGUUCGCCUGGGUUCAUUGUCUUUGAAAAAGGAAGGAGAAAGACAGUGCUUCUUGUUUACAAAACACUUUUUAAUUUGUACAAGAAGUUCAGGAGGAAAGCUGCAUCUGCUCAAGACAGGUGGAGUUCUGUCUCUAAUAGAAUGUACCUUGGUCGAGGAGCCUGAUGUGAGCGAUGAUGACUCCAAAGGUUCUGGCCAAGUGUUUGGACACUUGGAUUUCAAAAUAGUGGUGGAGCCUCCUGAUGCUGCCCCUUUCACUGUGGUCUUGUUAGCACCUUCCCGCCAGGAAAAAGCUGCCUGGACAAGUGACAUCAGUCAGUGUGUGGACAAUAUACGGUGUAAUGGUUUAAUGACUAUAGUGUUUGAAGAAAAUUCCAAAGUUACUGUGCCACAUAUGAUUAAGUCUGACGCCCGGCUUCACAAGGACGACACUGACAUUUGCUUCAGUAAAACCCUCAACUCCUGCAAAGUGCCGCAGAUCCGGUACGCCAGCGUGGAGCGUCUCUUGGAGAGACUGACCGACCUGCGGUUUCUUAGCAUCGAUUUCCUUAACACCUUUCUGCACACCUAUCGGAUUUUCACGACGGCAGCUGUGGUGCUGGGGAAGCUUUCUGACAUAUAUAAGAGGCCUUUCACCUCCAUCCCCGUCAGGUCAUUGGAACUGUUUUUUGCUACCAGCCAGAACAACAGAGGUGAACACUUGGUGGAGGGCAAAUCCCCACGCCUGUGUCGCAAAUUCUCUUCCCCACCUCCACUGGCAGUGUCCAGGACAUCCUCCCCAGUGAGGGCCAGAAAGCUGUCCUUGACUUCUCCCUUGAACUCAAGGAUAGGCGCGCUGGAUCUGACCACCUCCUCGGCGUCCAGCAGCCCCACCACCACCCACAGCCCAGCUGCGUCCCCACCACCUCACACUGGUAAAGUGCCGUUGGAUCUGAGCAGAGGCCUUUCUUCUCCAGAACAAAGCCCAGGAUCUGUAGAGGAGUCUGUUGAUAACCCCCGCGUGGAUCUGUGUAACAAGCUAAAACGAAGUAUUCAGAGAGCAGCAGUCCUCGAGUCUGCGCCAGUGGACCGGGCAGGUGUGGAUAGCUGCCCUGCAGCUGAUGCCGCAGAACUCUCACCUUGCAGGUCGCCCUCAACUCCUCGGCACCUCCGCUACCGCCAGCCUGGAGGACAGACAGCUGACAGCUCCCACUGCUCUGUUUCGCCAGCCUCUGCUUUUGCAAUUGCUACGGCUGCAGCAGGACACGGGAGUCCACCCGGAUUUAACAACUCCGAGAGAACAUGCGACAAAGAGUUUAUUAUACGUAGAACAGCCACCAAUCGAGUACUGAACGUUCUCCGUCACUGGGUCUCAAAGCACGCACAGGACUUUGAACUCAACAAUGAACUAAAGAUGAACGUCUUAAAUUUGCUAGAAGAAGUUUUACGAGACCCAGAUCUUCUUCCCCAAGAACGGAAAGCCACAGCGAAUAUCCUAAGGGCCCUUUCACAAGAUGAUCAAGAUGACAUCCACCUAAAACUAGAGGAUAUAAUUCAGCUGACAGACUGUCCGAAGGCCGAGUGCUUCGAGACCUUGUCGGCCAUGGAGCUGGCUGAGCAGAUAACCCUCCUGGACCACGUCGUUUUCAGAAGCAUUCCCUACGAAGAAUUUCUUGGGCAGGGGUGGAUGAAGCUGGAUAAAAAUGAAAGAACACCUUACAUUAUGAAAACCAGCCAACACUUCAAUGAUAUGAGUAACCUGGUGGCCUCCCAGAUCAUGAAUUACGCGGAUGUCACCUCCCGAGCCAACACAAUCGAGAAGUGGGUGGCGGUGGCGGACAUCUGCCGGUGCCUGCACAACUACAACGGCGUGCUGGAAAUCACCUCAGCCUUAAACAGAAGUGCCAUCUACCGGCUGAAGAAGACCUGGGCCAAGGUGUCCAAGCAGACAAAAGCUCUAAUGGACAAGCUUCAGAAGACUGUUUCGUCUGAAGGAAGAUUUAAAAACCUCAGAGAAACCCUUAAAAACUGUAACCCCCCUGCUGUUCCUUAUCUGGGGAUGUACCUGACAGACCUGGCAUUUAUUGAAGAAGGAACACCAAACUUUACUGAGGAAGGCCUCGUCAAUUUCUCCAAGAUGAGAAUGAUAUCACACAUCAUCAGAGAGAUACGCCAGUUCCAGCAGACUUCCUAUCGAAUCGAUCAUCAGCCAAAGGUCACUCAGUACUUGCUUGACAAGGCCCUCAUCAUAGACGAAGAUACGCUGUAUGAGCUGUCACUAAAAAUUGAACCUCGGCUCCCUGCUUGACGAUCCGACC